AUGGCGCCGUUUCGUAACCUGUUCCCCAGACGCACUCCAGCCGUUACGGUGGAAGAAGCACCGGACGAAGCGGGCCAAUUGUCCGCAGAGAAGAGCCCGGCAAAGAGUCCACGGCCGUCGCUGACGCUCGGGAGAACCAGUGUCGAGGAGCCUCAUGAAUAUAAAAUGAGUGUCGUGAAUGACAACGGGGUCUAUCUUCCGCCUUCACCUACGGAGAAAAAGAGUUACUGGCAGAGGCCGUCGUCUCGAAAAGCCAGCCGGAACCUCGUUGAUGAAAAUGAGCCCUUUUCAAUAUCCCGCGAGUCGUUCGAUUCGUAUCGUCGUUCGUUUGACAUAUCCGCUCGGUCUCCUGUGAGCCAACAUUCGGACACUGCCGCAUCACGCACGUCUCUUGACUCCCGCCUGUCCCGGACUUGUCCCCGUUCGAUGCCAAACGGCAACACACUUGAACUCCCCAGAGACAAUAAUGGCAGCAUGAGCGAGGUAGAAGAUCCGUUCGAGGAUGUCUCUCUGGCUGAUGAUUCGAAAACGAAGAAACGAGGGCUAUUUUCUCGCUUUGGCGACUCAUCUGCUGGGACCCAGGCAUCGGGCAAGCCGACGUCUUCACACCAUAGCUUCCACUUUCCCGGUAGACGGCGGGAACAAAGUGGGCAGGGUGCAGAGCUAACAAGCAUGGAUCGGGCUAACUAA